GUCAGCCGUCGGAAGAUCGCGCCGAUCUGCCAGCGGCUUGGGCGGGGGGGUCAGCUUGCAGCGGCGGCCGUGCGAGAUGGGCCCUCACGUUGGCUCGGUGUGGCCGACCGCCUGCCUGGUGCUCGUCCUUGCCCUGGGCCUGCCCACCGCCGGCAGCACGGACCAGCGACCGCCCGUGCCCCGCCUCAAGCUCUCGUACCGCGAGCUGGUGGCCACCAACAGCACGGUGACCCUAAGCAUGCCCGUCGACGUGUGGGACUUCCGCACUCUGCUGCUGGACGAGGACCGGGGCCGGCUCGUGGUCGGCACUCGCAACUACCUGCUGCUGCUCCAGCUGGACAACAUCAACCGACAGCCCAGAAAGAUCUAUUGGCCGCCGUCCAAGGAGAGGGUGGAGAUGUGCAAGCUCACGGGGAAAGAUCCUCAGGGAGAAUGCGCCAACUUUGUCCGAGUGCUGCACCACUACAACAGGACGCACGUGUACGCGUGCGGCACCGGCGCCUUCUACCCGGUGUGCGCCUUCGUGCACAUGGGCUCCAGGAUUGAGGAGCCCGUGUUUAGUCUGGACGCGCAGCACAUGGAGUCUGGUCGUGGCCGAUGCCCCUAUGAUCCUCAGCAGAACACGGUCUCCCUGAUCACAGACGGCCAUCUGUUCGCCGGGCUCAACGUGGACUUCAUGGGCAAGGAGCCCACGUUUAGCCGCAGCCUGGGCCCGGGGAACUACAUCCGCACGGAGCAGCACGAGGCCAGCUGGCUCAACGAUCCCAAGUUCGUGGCAGUGUUCGCGUUCCCCGACACGAGCAGCCGCGAGGACGACAAGGUGUAUGUGUUUUUCCGCGAGACGGCCAUGGAGGCGAGCGGCACAAAGGCAAUCUUCUCCCGGGUGGCGCGUGUCUGCAAAAACGACAUGGGCGGGCAGCGCAGCCUCAUCAACAAGUGGACGACGUUCCUCAAGGCUCGGCUCGUGUGCUCCGUGCCGGGGCCCAACGGAAUCGACACUCACUUCGACGAGAUCCAGGACGUGUUUCUGCAGCCGACCAAGGACGAGAGGAACCCCCUGCUCUACGCCGUGUUCAGCACCUCCAGCGCCGUGUUCCAGGGGUCGGCCGUGUGCGUGUACCACGCCGCGGACGUCCGAGCCGUCUUCAACGGGCCCUUUGCCCACAAGGAGGGACAGGAGUUCGGCUGGACGGAGUACAAGGGAAAGGUUCCGUACCCGAGGCCCGGCACGUGCCCAAGCCGCACGUACGACCCGUCGUUCCGGAGCACGCGCGAGCUGCCCGACGAGGUGGUGCACUUCGCGCGGAGCCACACGCUGAUGGCGCGGGCGGUGGCGCCGGCGCUGGGGCGUCCCGUGUUCACGCUCACCUCCGCCGAGUACGCGCUCACGCGCAUCGUGGCGCACCACGUGCAGGCCGAGGACGGGCCCUACGAUGUGCUCUUCAUGGGAACCAGUGUGGGCAGCGUCCUGAAGGUGAUCACCAUUCCUACCAAGAACCUGGCGAUGGAGGACGUCAUCCUUGAGGAGUUGAGCCUCACCAAGGAUCCUUCUCCGGUGCUGUCCAUGGUGAUCUCUCCAAAAAGGCAACAGUUGCUCGUGGGCCUGCAGGAGGGGCUGGUGCAGCUCUCCUUCCAGCGGUGCCACGUCUACGGGAAGGCGUGCGCCGAGUGCUGCCUCUCGCGCGACCCGUACUGCGCCUGGGACGGCACCGCCUGCUCGAGAUACUUCCCCUCCAACAAGAGUUCGCGCAGGGCUCGCCGCCAGGAUGUGCGGCACGGGGACCCGACCACGCACUGCUGGGACACGCACGGCGGCGAGUUUGAGGAGUCGGAGGAGAAGGUUCUAUUUGGGGUGGAGGGCAACGCCACCUUCCUGGAGUGUGUGCCCCCGUCCCGGCUGGCCGCCCUCUCGUGGUAUGUGCAGCACUCGAAAAAAGACCCACCACAGGAGCUGAAAACGGACGAGCGCAUCGUGCAGACGGCCCAGGGCCUGCUCGUGCGCGACCUCCACCGCGGCGACGCCGGCGUGUACCGGUGCCGCGCGCGCGAGAACGCCUACAGCCGCGAGGUGUCGCGCGUCGCCCUGCACGUGGUGCCCGGCGAGGGCCUCCGCACCGACCGGUCGGCCGCGUGGGGCCCCCCGCGGGGGGCGGCCGACGACGACCGGCGCCGCCCCCCCAACGCCGCCGCCGCGGGCCACCCGCCCUCCAUGCCGCCCGCGUUCCCCGCCGCGCCCCGCAAGGACGCGUACCUGCGCCCGCUGCCGGACGGAGGCGUGGAGGAGCUGUGCGAGCAGCUGUGGCUCAAGAGGCCCAAGCCGCGCUUCCGGGGCGCGGCGGUGGCCGGCAAGUGGAAGCACCCGCAGGACAGCGGGCGCGGCCGCAUGCGCCGCCACCCGGGCACGGGGCGGCAGGGCGCCGCCGACGUGGGGGCCCGGACGGGGCGCUAGCUGGCGCGCUCGCUCGGCUCGCCCUGCGGCCGCCGCCGCCGCCGCCGCGCCCGAUGUAUUCGUAUGUAAAAUUCACGAUGUUCCUUAACCGUCGUUGUUAUUGCACGUGGGGGAGGGGGGGGGUGGUGUUUCUGUUCAGAGAUUCGGAAGUAGGUGAACAGCGAAGGGCCGUGCGGGCAGUGGUGUUGCACGCGCCGCUGGUUGCAAGAAGCUCCGGCGGCGCUGUUGCGAGCGACACUGUCUUCUCACGCGAGCUCGCCGCCCCGGGGGUUCGGUAUGUCAGGCACGGCACCGUGAAAACGGUGGCUCCGGCUAUGUUCUGCCCCGUCUUGUUUCAUGCUCCACAGUCAGGGAGUGGCCAAUUGCCCGAAAACCGUUCGCUCAUGGAAAUGUUUUCAGUCAUGAGGCCAAGUUUGUUAACGAUCACAGCGGUAAGAUAUUUUUCACGCGGCGUUACAAACCGACAGAACCGCAUCUCUAUGUCCAGCAUUUGAACAAUGGCAUCGCUGUUCCCGUCGGGUAGGAUGUUCGCCACAACCGAGAGCUUUCUUAGCGCCGAACAAGGCUUCUCCAUUUUUUCAAGAUGCAUGGCAUUUUUCAAACUUUGCUUUUCAUUGAUGAUUUUUGAGCGGAGGUAUUCGGUAUUUGAGAAAGUUAAGUGAACAGGGGCAUCUUGACCCUCGGACAUAAUAUCUGCGCACAAUGACGUGGCCAAGCAGAUUACUUUUAUGGUUAGAGGCUGGAUGCUUUCAGGGUUGUUCAAAAGUGAAUGUUUGCAUCGUGUUUGUCCCAAUUACGUAUGGUACUUCAGUGGCGUGGACCUUUGCGCUAUGCUAUACUUGGAAUGUGCUUAUUUAAAUAAAACGGAUGAUCAUGA